AUGACUUUUAUGUUACGUUUGUCAAGAAAUGACUUGAGCAAAUUGUACUCCUCUUACCUGUGGAGAGGUUGGUCUCCUCUCAUCUGUCACCUCCCUGAUGCUCCUGUCUCUCCUCCUGUUGCAGUGAGUGAAGGGGACCCUGCAGUCAAACCCAGACUCCAGCCCCGCCCCUCUGAGCUGAGACUGGUGCUGCUGGGCAGGACUGGUGCUGGGAAGAGCGCAGCAGGAAACACCCUCCUGGGCAGCACACAGUUCCCCUCCCGGCCCAGCCUGUCCGCGGUCACCCAGACCUGCGAGAGACGCAGGGGGGAGGCUGCUGGGAGGCAGCUCUCCGUCAUCGACACACCAGACCUCCUGGACAGCAGGGGGCGCCAGAGGGACGUGUGUCUGGAGGUCCGGAGGUGCCUGCUGCUGUCCUCUCCAGGACCCCAUGCUUUCCUGCUGGUGCUGCCGGCCAGACGUUUCACGGACGAGGAGAAGGGCGCCCUGCUGACCAUGACCGAGGUGUUUGGGGAGGCUGUCCUGAAUCACACUGUCGUCCUCUUCACCCACGGGGACAGUCUGGGACAGGAGACAGUGCAGCAGUACGUUGACACACAGGGGAGAGACCUGCAGCAGCUCUUAGAGAGCUGUGGGAACAGGUAUCAUGUUCUCAACAAUAUGGACACGGGCGACCACACCCAGGUCACACAGCUGUUGGAGAAGAUCGAGGACAUGGUGGCAGGAAACAGUCUGGACUUCUUUGUGGACCAGGAUGCAGAGGAGAGGCUGAGAGAAAGAGAGAACAGAUACAGGGAGGAGGAGGAGGACAGGAAGGAGAGGGAGGAGCUGAGACGCAGGAGUGAGGAAGAGCAGAGGAGGAGAGCGGAGCAGCUGAAGGAGGAGCACGAGGCGCAGCAGAGGUGCCAGCUGGAGGAGCUGAGACGCAGGCAGGGAGAGGAGCAGCGCAGGCAGCUGGAGGCUCUCAGGAGAGAGCAGGAGGAGACACUGCGCAGGAAGGAGAAGGAGCUGCAGCUGCAGUACCAGGAGCAGAGGCAGAGGCUGGAGCAGGAGCAGUGUGAGAAGACGGAGGAGAUCAAGCUCCGCUACAGGACGCAGCACCAGGAGCUCCUGCGCAGUGUGGCCCAGCAGCGGGGUGAAGGGCUGAAGGUGACGGCCCAUAUCCCCCCUCAGAAAAAUGACACCUGA